AUGGCAUCCGAAUCCACCUCCAGACUGCUCCGUCAGCGACUUAUCGCUAAUUCACUCAACUUUCAUCUGAACGAAAGGGUGACAGCCAACGCUCCAAAUGUAGGAGCAGGAGGACAAGUACUCCCACUUACCUUCAAGCAGUGGGCAUCUGUCAACACCGAAUCUAAAGAUAACGACUUAUCCGCAGAAGUUGCUUUAACCUUCGAUAUCGUUGACUACGAGAUCUAUCUCUCCGGGGAACAGCCCUUCAGCUUAAUGUACGCCACUCGGUUUCGCCACCUUGUUAAUGAACUUCGUCGAGGGGAUCGAAUCACUUUCGACUUCAGUGCCAACAGCGCCGAUGUUCCUUCCUUCAAGGAGUGGACUGGCAGAUCGCGAGAGAAAUCGACGGGGCAUCGCAAUGCGGAGACAAGUGGCCAUGAGCGUCAUAUCACCGCUAUUGGGGCGUAUGCUAAAAUACCCAGCUAG